AUGUCGUUUUUUCAGAGAAACAGUGCAGCCGGAAACACAACCAGCACUGUAAUGGCAACUGAGAAGGACCUUCAAAAUGAAAUUGUAAUAAACAACCCUGCUGAUGAUUCUAUUUCAGAUAUUGCGUUUUCACCACAACAUGAUUUUCUUUUCAGUGUCAGUUCCUGGGAUGGGAAAGUGCGUAUAUGGGAUGCCCAAAAUGGGGUUCCUCAAGGUAAAGCACAAUAUGAGCAUAAUGGUCCAGUACUGUGCACAAGAUGGUCCUUAGACGGUGCUAGAAUUGCGUCUGGUGGCUGUGAUAAUACUGUUAAAUUAUAUGAUGUGGCUUCAGGACAGAGCCAACAAAUUGGAAGUCACAAUGAUGCUGUAAAAUCACUAAGAUUUGUUCAAUGCGGACCUACAAAUACUGAAUGUCUUGUCACAGGAUCAUGGGACAAGACAAUUAAAUUUUGGGAUACAAGACAGCCUCAACCAAUAACAACAAUAGCAAUGCCGGAACGUGUUUAUACUAUGGAUAAUAAGCAACAGCUGUUGGUUGUUGGUACAGCUGAGAGGCACAUUGCCAUUAUAAAUUUGGCCAAUCCAACAACUAUUUUUAAGAGUUCACAAUCUCCACUGAAAUGGCAAACACGUGUGGUAGCAUGUUAUAAUGAAGGUGAUGGUUACGCUAUUGGUUCAGUAGAAGGAAGAUGUGCGAUUAAAUAUGUUGAUGAUGAAGCACAGAAGAAGAGCGGUUUUUCGUUCAAGUGCCAUAGACAAACACAACCAAAUCGAGCUGCUGGAUCAUCAAGUCAAUCUCUGGUAUAUCCAGUCAAUAGUAUUGCAUUCCAUCCUAUAUAUGGUACGUUCGUUACCGCUGGUGGUGAUGGUUCUUUCCAUUUCUGGGAUAAAAAUCAAAGACACAGAUUGAAAGGCUUUCCAUCUAUGCAAGGGUCUAUUCCAGUAUGUAAUUUCAAUAGGAAUGGGUCUAUACUUGCAUAUGCAGUAAGUUAUGAUUGGCAUCAAGGGCAUAUGGGUAAUAGGCCAGACUAUCCGAAUGUGAUAAGACUUCACCCUACCACUGAUGAAGAAGUCAAAGAAAAGAAAAAGAAAACAACGUUUGGUCGCUAA